CUGAGUCUGAUGAAAUAGCACAUAGUUCAUGUCUCAGUACACAAAAAAGUGAUACGAAUUUCAGUAAGUUUUCUAGCUAUUUAUUUUGUUAUAAGUACAAAUUAGGUUAUAAUUUUAGAAAUGUCUGGUUUCUUUGUAUAAACAUAGAUAUUGUUUGUCUAUUCAUCCAAGAUAUCCCCCAAUUUAAGGAAGUUAUCAUAAUGGCGACUGUUUGUCCCGCUUGUGGCUACCGAGAUAGUGAGGUAAAGACGGGUGGCGGAGUGUCAUCACUUGGUCGCCGAUACUCCUUAUUUCUAACGCAUAUAUCCGAUCUUUCGCGUGACCUUCUCAAGUCAGAUACGGCUUCGUUGGCAAUUCCUGAACUGGAUUUCGAAGCUGGCAGUUGCACUCAUGGCGGCCGCUUCACAACAGUCGAGGGUAUCCUGACUAAUUAUAAUUUUAGAAAUGUCUGGUUUCUUUGUAUAAGCAUAGAUAUUGUUUGUCUAUUCAUCCAAGAUAUCCCCCAAUUUAAGGAAGUUAUCAUAAUGGCGACUGUUUGUCCCGCUUGUGGCUACCGAGAUAGUGAGGUAAAGACGGGUGGCGGAGUGUCAUCACUUGGUCGCCGAUACUCCUUAUUUCUAACGCAUAUAUCCGAUCUUUCGCGUGACCUUCUCAAGUCAGAUACGGCUUCGUUGGCAAUUCCUGAACUGGAUUUCGAAGCUGGCAGUUGCACUCUUGGCGGCCGCUUCACAACCGUCGAGGGUAUCCUGACUAGUAUGCGGGACCAGCUUUCAGAACAAAAUCCAUUCGCGAUCGGAGACAAUAGUGAUUGGAAUGAAUCAAGUAGGCGACUCAACGAACUUUUGAAUAAUCUCAGUGAGGCAUAUAAAAUCAGUCUUCCACUUUAUGACUGCUAA